UCCUGCAGCCCAUCUCUCUAUGGGCUGAGGUAGCCCUUGUCUCGUUUUCAUAGAUUUCCUCUCGAGUUCGUCGUCAUCCGUCAGGGUCCUUCAAGAACACCACAAAACUCAUCGCAGAACAGGCUAAAGCGGACUUAAUAUACAACAAGAUGCAUCAGAUGCAGAUCAAGGCCCCCACCUUUCUCAGAUCGUCUAGACCAGCCUCUCCGCACCUCCCACUCAAUAAUAAUGAUGAUGUGCAGAACAGUAACAACUCCAUAGUGACGAAUUUGUCUCGCCGUCCUCUAACUCGCCUCCAGAAUCCUUUCCGCCGUUCUUCUUCUGCCUCUCCUUUCGCAGCCCUCCCUCUCACGGUUGAGAGUGCCGGGCCCCCCAAUCCCCCUCACGCAAAUUCAGCCACAAACACGCCACCAGCCAAUUCGGGUAUACCUCCUGCACACCUUGAUCAAAUCAGUCUCAGGCUUGCCGAAGCUGCCACUAAAGCUUUGGCGAAUCCAUCAUCCAGUAGCGUGCCAAGCUCUAUGUCUACGAGUAACAGUGCAUGUCCGGAUCCAGCUUUAGUCGUCCUUCGCGGACGUAAACCUCUCCCUGCGGGCCGAGGAGCCGCCUUGGGGAAAGUUGUUCAGGAUGAGUUGGGUGCGGCAUGCUCCGAUCCGUACCUGUACCGGGCCAUCCUCCGCGUGCUCCAGAAACCGCUUACAGUGCUGUUGAGCAACUUAUCCAGUCUGCUCCUGCCCGUAUUAGCAUUCAUUGAAAAUAGCUCGUCAGCGCAGGAAUAUUGCAUUAGCUUAGCUGUGCUUGGUGCCGAGGUACUCGAAGCUCUUAACACGAUUCCUAUGCCAGCUGGUAUGAGUAAAGAGUCGCGUGUAGGAGAUGGGUUGAAGGGUAUCUGUGAAGGCCUAGAAAGUCUCAUCAAGCGCGUUAUCUCCCCGCUCGUGUCCACUAUCCGGUCCAGUCUCGGCGUUCACAUCGAUACGCUCUCUUCUUACAACCCCGCGACGGGUGAGAACAAGAGUCUUGCGGCGUUAGGUGCCGCUAUUCCAGGAGCCGCGCCACGCCUGGCAAAGUACACAACACCCUCAGGAGUUAUUUCCCAAAGUGCGCUUGCUACGCUGCACAUUGGAUUAGUAUGGAGAGCCCUCGUUGCACUCUCAGAGCGGGAUGUCAGUGAGCCGGCUAGACAAGGAGACAAAGAGGGAGAGAGAGGCAAAGGCACUUUUCCUGGGCUUAAAGUGAAGAAAGAGCUCUCAUUCAGCCUUCACAUGACUACUCGUCCAAGUUCAGCUCAGCAGCCUCCCGCUUCCCCAAUUGCCACAUCCACUACAUUCUCGACUGGCACGAGCACCACUACCCCUCCGGUCACGCCACGCUUCAAGGGCAUUUCAUUGCCUCUUCCUUCACUUUCACGCCCCCCGUCUCCUCAGAUCGCUUCGGUUUCGUUGAACGGUUCAACGAAUACGAAGCCUAGGUCCCCUACGCGCCAGACCUACCCACUGGCCCAGCUCCUCUCAGAUGCCCAGCAGACUCAGGCGCUCCUUCUGACGUUGCCCAGUCCCACGCCGGGAUGCUUUGCUCGCGAAGCGGUGAACGAGGCAUACGAUGCUUUCGAGGCCUUCAUAGGUUUCUUGCGUUGGCUUUGUGCCGUUCGUGAAGCACAACUGGCGCACGAAGGGGUUUCCAGGAGGACGGGCGAUGGAUCGAGCUCUGCGAGAAAGAGAAAGGACCUCGAAGACGAGUUAGACAGCAAGACGGGGGAUUUUCCCACUCUCGUUGCCCUUCCUCUGCUUCUCCGCUUGCUUCCCUCAAAUGAGUCCAAAAAGCUGGCUGGGAAGCUGACCGUGGCGCUGUUGGUGGGUAUGGAGGAGACGGAAUACAAGUCUAGCUGUUUGGCGGGCUUUGGAAGAGCGGAGGUCUGUACCAGUGCCAUCGGAAGAGCUGUCCUUUCUGAGUUGGCCAAGCUGAGGGCAGAUGAAGCUGAAGAACAGGGAAAAGAGGGCAAGAAGGAAGUAGACCCCGAGUUGGAGGUGGAGAGGAUUGGAAUCGAUGUAGAAGUCUUAAGGGAAUGGUUGGUAGACAAGAUUGCGAGUGCGGAGGCAGCGUAAGAACGCAAUCAGAUUUCUUUUCAACUUUAAUGUCAUAUUCAUGUCAUCACUACCCUGGGUACUCGGUCACCUGCAUAUUGUAGUCAUCCUUAACAUUAAUUAAGACUAGUUUUUUCACCCCUAGAUCAUGAUAUCCGAGCAUUUCUGGAAGAGCAAAAUUGCGCACCUGCGCUUUGGGGAACAUAAUCAACGCAGCUCCAUCAUAUUACUUGCUUGAGUAUGGUUUCUUUACCCGGGCUGAUUUGCAAAUAGCUUACUGGUGUGGGGGCAACUGCAUGAGGUUUCGAUAUCUCGCUGCAGAGCAACCCAGUCCCCCCUUUUACCUGGCUUUGGGGAGGAGGAUUGGUCGCGCGAGAUGGGCAGAGGACAAUGCACACCAUAUGCUCACGAAAACAAUGGAACGUCAUGUACAUACCUCCCAUCCAGACUCAGGACAAAACCAUUGGAAGACGGACCCGGUCGAGAGCGGCCUCAACAAUAU